AUGCAAGAGAAAAAGAUAUACAUAUUUGCAUUUGCAAGGACCACUAUGACAAGGAAGAUGGAAAGGGAGAGAUAUAGAGGUACAAAGCCAUGGGUCAAAAAAGCUAUGGACAAUGUGGUGGACGCUCACUCCACCCCAUCUUCUAUCCGAUCGGCUCCCGUUGUGCGUACUACGAUCCCUGCGUCCCGCGAAGCUGCCGAGGAAGAAGAGUACACCUCAGUGGAUUCUGCAAACUGGUUUUCAGUAAUGGGUUGUGUUUAUUCAAGGGCUUGUAUUGGUGAAAUAUGUGCACCCAAAGAUGUAGAGGUCAAAGAAACUGAAAAUGUGAAAGCAGCUGAGAUCCCUGUAUUCUCACCUGCUUCUUCAGAUGACGAAGAAGGGGAAACUAGAGAUCAAUUCCAUCAGCUGGGUAUAACAAGGGAUUCUGAAGUGGCUAUAACUAGGCUUUCUAGGAUUUCUGCACAGUUUCUUCCCUCCGAUGGGUCGCGCACAGUUAAUGUUCCGUCGGGAAACUAUGAAUUACGAUAUUCAUUUUUAUCUCAGAGAGGUUAUUACCCAGAUGCUCUUGAUAAAGCUAAUCAAGACAGUUUUUGCGUUUACACUCCUUUUGGAACAAACCCUGAUGACCAUUUCUUUGGGGUUUUCGAUGGGCAUGGAGAAUUUGGGGCCCAAUGCUCGCAGUUUGUGAAGCGAAAAUUAUGUGAAAACUUGCUUCGACAUAGUAGAUUUCAUGUGGAUGCUGUUGAGGCUUGUCAUGAUGCAUUCUUGACCACAAAUUCGCAGUUGCAUGCUGAUACUUUGGAUGAUAGCAUGAGUGGGACAACUGCAGUUACAAUAUUGGUCCGGGGCAGGACGAUUUAUGUUGCUAAUUCAGGUGAUUCAAGGGCUGUUAUAGCCGAGAAAAGAGGGAAGGAUAUUGUAGCUGUUGAUCUUUCAAUAGAUCAAACUCCAUUCCGUGCUGAUGAACUUGAACGCGUUAAGAUGUUUGGAGCAAGAGUUCUUACUUUGGAUCAGAUUGAAGGAUUGAGGAAUCCAGAGGUGCAAUGUUGGGGUACUGAGGAAGGGGAUGAUGGUGAUCCUCCUAGGCUUUGGGUACAAAAUGGUAUGUAUCCUGGUACAGCUUUUACGAGAAGUAUAGGUGAUUCUAUUGCUGAGACAAUUGGGGUUGUUGCGAACCCUGAAAUUGUUGUCCUAGAGGUCACAAAAGAUCAUCCUUUCUUUGUGAUUGCCAGCGAUGGGGUUUUCGAGUUCCUUUCUAGCCAAACCGUGGUUGACAUGGUAAAGUAUUCUUUUUGA